AAUGAGUUGCCUUAUAAAAUAGAGCAAGUUUUCACGUCAGGCGCGCACGGUUUUUGGCGGGAUUACCCCCCGUGCUGCCCAGCGCUGAAUAAACAUACCUACUUUACAAUCUUACAGAUUGUGGAGUCUGCUUUCCGCACGUCAGUUUUGGCGAGCCAGCCAGGAGGAUCUCCACUCGGCUGCGGGACCGACUGCGGAGCGGACGCUCCUAGGCGCGUGCCCCGAGCAUUUUACUUGGAGGAGUCUCCGCUGCCGGCCGAUCACCGCGGGAGUGGACAACAGCCUCUUGAAGCUGUGGAUUUAACGCUUAUGCUGUUCUUGAGAAGAGAAGGGAAAUGGGAUGAAGUGUCAUAUGCAGAUAUGUUUUUCACUCUGCGAAACCAUCUGGAGUGGCAAAGGGACUGUGGGAUAAUACCCCCACAGGACCCUAUGGUACUUGCAUUGGAGCGGGAAAAUAAAGAGGGUAGAAGUAAAUUGAAAAGAUGCUGUUCUUCCUGCAGCAUUGGGCAGAGGUGUACAAAGGCAGACAAGGUUCACCAAGCCCCAGAACAGGACUUAAAUGACUUGUUUAAACCUCCCCCCCGGGCACGGGACCAGGAUGCGGACUCAGAAGGAGCCUCAAAUCCUCCUGAUAGCCCUGUAUCUUCCCGCACUCAGCAGAAGUCUGCCCUGACUAUUUUACAAGCACCCCUCCGAGAGGCGGUGGGGCCAGAUGGUGGAACAAUGCUAAUUAAAGUGCCUUUCUCCACUGCUGAUUUGGGAGAGUGGAGAAAGAUUGCAAAGGAUUAUAGAAGAGACCCGAUAAGUGUAACCAGGCAGUUCCAAUUUAUCGUGAAACAACACAAUCCCGAUUGGAAUGAUAUACAAUUAUUAUUGGAAUAUUUGACUGAAACUGAAAAACAGCUAGUUUUGAAAACAGCAGGAAAUCUGGCCGAAGACUAUUAUAAAAUUACAGGAGGGGAUGUUAAGGAACAUUUCCCCCUCCAAGACCCAAAGUGGGAUGCUAAUAGAUCGGCACAUAUGCAAAGAUUACAGGAAUAUCAGGAAUGGAUUUUGAAGGGAAUGGAGAGAGCAAUUCCCAAAACUAUAAACUGGUCAGCCUUAUAUGCAGUUAAGCAAACUCCUUCUGAGUCCCCAUCUGAGUUCCUGGAUCGGCUGAGGGAUGUGAUGCGCCGUAACACGCCGCUGGACUCUGGGUCUGAGGUAGGGAUCCAGCAAUUAGUUUCUUUAUUCCUGGGUCAAUCUACAGGGGACAUAAGGCGAAAACUUCAAAAGCUGCGUUCUACAGAAGGUAGAAACUUGGAAAUAUUGUUGGAUGAAGCGUGGAGGGUGUUUAGUAAUAGAGAAGAAUAAUAUAGGCGGGGACAAAGGAAA